AUGGCCGACUUCAAUGCGGAUAAUUUUAUGAUGAUGACGAUUAUUCCAGAAUUGCCAGCCCCUGCUGCGGUGGAGGACUCUGAUUCCUUGCAUUCUAUUGGUCAAGGUGACAGUUUUCAUUUCUUUUCCUCUGACUCCUCUGCAUCUCACCAAAAUACUGAACAUUCCAUCCUUAAUGAUGCUAGUGAUUUUUAUAUGCCUUCCUCUAUUUAUGAUAUUCUGGAUGUGCCUCCAUCUGAGGACAUGUUAGCUGAUCAAUCUUAUGUUCCGGAUUUUUUUAUCCCCAAUGUCCCUGAUUACCCUCCCUAUCAUGACAUUUCUCCAGGUUCUGUUUUUUAUGGCUUUCAAUCAAGUAUUGACUCUAGUGAUAGUGAAAGUGUAAGUUCUGGUUUCAUUGCUAGUGUAAGGAAUGGAUCUAGGGCCUUUGUUACUGCUUCCUCUGACUCUUCAGUGGAAGAAGGUUCUCUGAGAAGAAGUUCUAUUCCUAUUGCUACCCUGGGACGCCGUCCCUUCAAGAAAAGAGGUUCUCGCAGAAGUCUCUCCUCUAUUUCAGCUCCUCUUCCAACACAAGAUGACUAUCCACAGACAGAUAGUGAUGCUGAUGACUUCUACAUGAGGGCUAGAAGAGCAGUUUCUGAAUCAGACAUGCCGGCUCCUCCUCAUAAGCCAUUGAAUCUCCAAGUGUUAAUCAUGCAUCAACUGCAGUGCCUGAUAGCUGUAGCCGGCCCUUUGGAGGUGGUAUUCCUACUGGAUGGAGAAAAAAGGUGGAUGAUGCUGAAUUUGAUGAGUUGGACGACUCUGAAACUUCAAAAGUGUCAACAGAUAGCAGAAAGAGAGGUUCUGAAGAUUCACUUACCAGCAUGGAGAGACCUGGAAAGAAGAGAGCUAGCUAUGGGGUGGAUGAGGAAGUGA